AUGCCCCAAGGUCAGUCGGUAAUACGGCAGCAGCAGCGUUCGCAAAUAACGUACAUGUCUCGAACGCUGACGCUAAACGCGACGAUCAGAGACGCACAACAGUGGAGCCAACAUCAAGGUCCUGGACUGUCGCUGCUGUUCGACAUUUACGCUGUACUCGACUCAGAGGUUCAAACCAACACGUUCGGCGGUUUGGAGUUCGAGUUGCGAGAUCACAGCGGUUCGGUGAAGGCGACUUAUUUCCAAAUGGAAGAGCCGAUGAUAAACGCCAACAUUGGUGACUGGUUGCGCGUGGAAGCGGUCGUUCGAUAUUGGGGUUUUCAAGUCACUCACCUGAAAUUGGCGGAACCAACGUACCUUAUUGGUCUAAGAGAGAAGAUCGCUGCAAGUAGAAGAGCGUUGGAAGAACGCAUCCGAUGCCAGAGCUCUUAG